CAUUGAUCGCCCCUGUUAAAAAUGAUACUGGUUUCAAAGGAAUUGACAUUUUGAUAACUUUACAGUGGCCUAAAGAUGUGGAAAAAUAUGGCUCAUCAGCUGUAAAAUCCUUUUUUUUUUUUUAGUGCCUAAAUUUGUUUAAAAAUAUUUGGCUAUAAUAAUAUCAAUAUGCUUUGUCUGAAAUAUGUGAUGAGUAAAGUUAUUUCCAAAUUUUAUAAUUUAAAUUAUUAAAAGAAAUUUAAAAAAUUGUUUUUAUUACAUCACUAAGAUAAUGUAUUUUUCAGCCAGGGCAUGAACCUAAAUUUCCAGGAUCAGGUUGCAUAGCAGAGGUAGCUAGAGUGCUGCGUCCCCGUUACCAUUUUGCAGCACUUGAAGGAAUCUUUUAUGAGAGACAACCUUACAGGUAAAAAAAAUUCAAAUUGUUACAUUUCAUCAAAAUAAACUUGAAUCAAUUUCUUAGAGUCUGGUGUUGUUUCUUUAAUCUAUAUAUUUUCUUUGUAAAACAUUUUUCCUAUGCAGAGAACACAUUUAGGGCUUUUGCCUGCCUCACCACUUCCUUCCAUCCAUCCCGGUGGCACUACAGCCCACUCUCUCAUAUGUUAGGUAAAAUAUCGUAAAAGACAAUAAGUCUCCUUGUCUUAGGCCUCGUCUUAGCUCAAAUGCCAGAAUAUUCAUCCUGAACCUUGAUUUUGCUUUUUGAAUUGUUAUAUGUUAUAUGUAUAAGUCUUGUCAGUUUGUCGGGUAUGCAAAACUCCUGCAGAGUAUCAUAUAAAUAUUUCCUUUUGAUGCUGUCAUAGGUCAUGAUAUAGCUCUCUAGGUAGCUGCCUUUAUUUUCCUACAAAGCAGUAGGUUCUGCUUUGGUCCGCCCAGUUAUUUUAUUUCCCUGUAACUGCCAUAUCUGGUGGGCUUUUGCUAUCUGCCACCUUGGGAGGCGCUCGAUUUAAGAUAAAAAAGUUUAGUUAUUUUCUCUGUUUCUUUUUGCUGUUGAUUUGAAGCACAUUAAAAGAAAUUAAAUAUUUCAUGUGGCAUUUAAAAUGUAUAGUUAUUUUACAGUUAUAGAGCAUUUCCGGAAACUUAAAUGAAAACCUGGACAUGCUCUCAUCAUUUGAAAUAGAUAACGUGUCAAAUAAUGCUAUAAGGAUUCUUCUUCUAUAUUUUGAGGGCCCAUGAUCUUUAUAUUGAUCAAUCUGACUCCCAUGUUUAUAGAGGGGUUCAUGAUGUAACUGUACAUGGUUUUGAAGAGGAUACCUCACUGGUUCUAAGGUCUACUCAGCGAUGGUAUUAGGAACUGGGGGUUGGAAGGCAGGAGGCAAUAGACGCAAGUGUAGUUGCCUCAACUGUUGCUUUUGGAAGCUUGUUCCAGUCCCUGAAUGUCUUUGGCAGGAAUGAGGAGUUCCUGUACAGAGUUCUUGUUGUUAUGAGCUGGAACUGCCUGUCAGUGCCUCAUCUCUGUCUAGGGUGAAGAGGGACAAGUUUCUGUUAAAUGCUGGAGCAGUGGACCAGCCCAUUUGUUUAUCUUGUACAUCAUGGAGAGCCAGCAUACAUUCAUUUCUUUAAUUAUUCCAUUUUUGUUUGUUUAGAAAUCACCAAGUGUUGUUAGAUGCUGCCAGACAUACCACAAGAUUUAUUGGAUUAGCCAAUGUAGCUAACAAAGUAAAGCACAAGGUAAGUAAAAAUAAAUCGUAUACUUUUACCAAAGGAAAUAUUUGUAAAAUAAAAGACACAUUUCUAAGAAAGCGAUUACACGUUGCAUAUGUUAAGGCCACUUUUUUUAAGUGACCACCACUUGUCUCCACUGUUUUUUGCUAUGAUAUUGACUUCACCAAGUAAAUGUGUUGUGUUAUUCCUUACUUCUUUGAUUGGAAAAGGUUGUUUAAGUUUGAAUGCCUUCUAUUUGUUCUAAAGAAUGCUGUUAGGUGACUUAAUUUAUAUCAUUUCUUCACUAAAUCGUUCUGAUUUGAUCUGUAUGUAUAGGUUGGUGAUUUGAUCUGUACAAUAGGUCGGAAGCUUUCCUAGCCGAGCGCUAGAUAUUUGUUGUAUUUUCAAACAUAUUUGAGAUGUUAUUUAAGUGAAUGAUUGUACUCUUUAUGUGUGUGUGUAAAAAAAAUAUUUGUAUUUUUCAAGGAGUAUACCUAUUUACUUGCUGUAAGUUGGUAUAAUUUUUAUUUCCCUUUUUAAUUUUUAUAUAACUUUGAUUGUGUAAUUAAAUUGAAUAUUGUAAGAUUUUAAGAGAGCUUUGCUAUUGUUUUCUUUGCAUACUAUAUUUCUCAGUACUUUGCUACGUAUUGUUCUUUCUAUGAGCCAAUCUUAAAACAGAUUAAACUUUCAAAACCAUAAUAGUACAUAACAAAUUGGGGCUCGCCUGGGAUUGUAACCAAUUUUUUUUUUACUGCCACCAAUAAAAAAAAAAUUGGUGUUUGUACGGUGAUUUUUAUCCAUUUUUUUUACAGUUAAAAAUAACACAUUUGUUGCUCUAAACCUUUAACGUUGCAAAUACUAGAGCUAGUAACUUAAUUUUACUGUUAUAAAUGUGCUUAUUAAGCUUGUUAGUUUAUAAAAUAUUUAUUCUUACAAUUUACUUGUUUCAAAAUGAACUUUGAUGUAAACAACCCAUCAAUAGUGUAAUGAUUGAAAAAGAGUUAGGUAUGAAUGUAGCUCAUUCUGCUUUGAAAAAGACAGAGAUUUAAUAAACAAGAUUUUUAUUCCAUUGUGAAAGAGUUAGGUAUAAAUGUAGCUCAUUCUGCUUUAAAAAAAGACAGAUUUAAUAAUCCUCCACUUAGUAAAUAAAGAUCUGUUGUCUGAGGAUGAUCUGGCCUCAGUUAAUGAAAAAAAAAAAGAUCUUAUCAUGGAGCUCCCAACUAAAUCUAAAACAAUUGGAGCUAGAUGCUCAAAGAGAGAAAGAAGAAAAAGAUAGUUAGCUCAAGAAAAUUGAGCUAGAGAUAGGAAUUAAAUUAGAAAAAGGGAAAUUAUGAGUGCUAUGGAAGAUUGACCUAUUAGCAACCGAUUAGGUUUAUGGUGCAAUUAAAUUUUCCUGGUUAAUACCUAACUUUGCAGAUGAAGAUUUUGACCAGUGUUUCGCUCAGUUUGAAAUAAGUGUGCACAAUUUUAAAAUACAUAAAAAUUUAACAGUGAUUGUUUUCUUUACCUAACAGUGUUUAUUGUUUUCAGUAUCUCUAUGCCUUCAACAUUGUUCCCAUGUCAAAAAUGGACCCUUCUGAACUCGUCAAACAACCUGAGGAUGUAACAGAGUGUCCAUAUGUAGCUACUGGUGUGUUAACAUCUAAACAGGUGUGUACUGGUGUGUUAACACCUAAACUGGUGUGUACUGGUGUGUUAACACCUAAACAGGUGUGUACUGAGUUGUUAACAUCUAAACAGAUGUGUACUGGUGUGUUAACAUCUAAACAGGUGUGUACUGGUGUGUUAACAUCUAAACAGGUGUUUACUGGUGUGUUAACAUCUAAACUUGUUUGUACAAGUUAAUUGAACAUUUCCAAUUGACCAUGAGUUAGGCUCAUUAAAAUAUUCAAUUAUGGUCAAAAUUUAACUUAGUUACUAGUAUUGCUAGAAUUGGACUUCACAUUACCAAAUAUCUGUUUUUUAUAUGUUCCCUUAUUAAAAUUUUAUAACAUUCUUAUUUUUUUUACUUUAUCAGGCUUAAAUAAUUUGUCAAGAUUUUAAAAUGGAACACAGUUUUAACUUAAAGCUUCACCCCAAUGUUCCAGUUCCAUCAGUGUUUUUUUAAUAUAUGACAGUGAGAUGUGCGCAUAAAAUCAACUGUUAGAAAGAAAAUUACUUUCCUGCUGUAUAUUACAUUAGUGAUGAGCUUAAUUAAAUCAUUGAAGUGUUUCUUUCUUUGAAGGAAGAGACUGGACAGCAGUUUUUCUAUGACAUGAAUGCAAAACAAGAAGAAAGAGGCAGAAAGCGUGGAGGUGACAGAGAAGGGAGAGGAAGAGGGGGGGAGCACGGAAGAGAUUUCAGAAACAGGGACGAUGAGGAAAAGAAACCUAGGCGAAAUCGUAAGUCUGUUUCACUAACAUGGAGUCAAAAAAUUGAUUUUAGUUUACAUUUCUCUAAAUUACUUUAUAGCUGUGGAAGUGUUUGAAUAGUAAAACAGCCUGAUGUAAUAGUUGAAUUUGGUAUUUUCAAGAAAUUUCUGUCAAAGAUGGUUUUAUCAGACCUGUUUACUCUUACGAUUUUGGCAUAAAAUGUAAGAUUUUGAGGUAUAUACAUUAAAUAUACUGUAUGUUUAUUUUUUACUAUAAAUAUAAGGUAUUGAACGUUUUUGUGAUCAUAUUGUACGAUUUUAAGAGUUUGAGGGUAAACAGGUCUGGUUUUAUUGAAUACAAGUAUUGAAAAAAUGUGAUUCAUGUGGCUUUUAGUUGUUUUUUAUAUUUAUUUUUUGCCCUUAUCCCAACCAUUCAGAGAGUAAAAUUGUGCAUGUCAGUAGACAUAGCUGUAGCCUGGAUUAAAAAAAGAUUAUUUUAGCUAAUGUUUUGUUUACAUGUUAUAUAAUUUUCCAUUAUGUCCUAUUUCCUUCUUAUUUCAUUUUCAGCACAGCCAGCUGGUCCAUGCUGGUUUUGUUUGGGAAGUCCUGAAGUGGAGAAGCACCUGGUGGUCAGUGUUGCAGACCAGGUGGGUCUUGCUGAUAUUUUGCGAAGUGACCAGUUUAAAAUAUCCCCCCAAACCAGGGAACUACUUUCUAUGGUAAAAUUACAGCCGAUGUUAUUUUCUUCUCCCAGGUGUACGUGGCCCUUGCCAAAGGGGGUUUAGUGCCAGACCAUGUCCUGAUUAUUCCUGUUUAUCAUCACCAGUCUCUGGUUGCUUGCCCUGACGAGGGGAUUGAGCAGAUUGACAAAUAUCCUUUAAUAUAUCACUAAACAUUUCUUAUAGCUAGAGGAGGAUACUGUCGAUGACAGCUUGGUGUAAAUGAAAAAUUAAAAUGUUAUAGUUUGUUAGCCUAAAAAGAUUUGUUUCAAUUAUACUCUAAUCAAAUAGUCUCUUGAUUAAAUGUUGCAUAUGCACUAAAUGUAACAGUUGUUUACCGCAAUCACACGCAAUGUGCAGGUUAAUCAGGAAUUUAUUUUUUAAUGAAAUGAAAUAUUAUUUUGUUUUAAACCAAAUUAUAAUUAAAAAACUGCAAAUUCAACACUCCAGCUGACUUGGUUGAUAAAACAAAUGUUUUCACAUAGUGAAGAAACUACUAAUAUAAUAUGCUCAUUUACUAACUGAACAUGUGACAUACUAUUUCUGUAUGUGAUUCUCUAUGACUUCCUUGACCCCAUGUCACAUACAAAGCUUGUCUACGUAAGAUGUACAAGUCCCAGGGUAAAAGUGUUGUCUUCUUUGAGAGAAAUUUUAGGACUCAGCACCUGCAGAUCCAGGUCAGUUCAAUGAGACACCUUGAUUCAGUCGAUAGUCACAAAAUGAGAGGGAUUAUUCUGAACCCAGGCUUUUAAUUUCAAGAUAGUAAAAUCAUAAGAUUAGCGAGAAUAUGAUUUAUUCAGAACAGCCUGUUUCCCAAACUUUUUUCCCCCCAUGGCCUGUUUAUUUUUAUUCUUUAUCUUAUGCAUCAUAAUCGAGUAACAUUUUUAUCAUGAUAAUACAAAAAAAUUACCCUUUUUAUUUUUUUUUUUUGCCAGCCUAGUAUUUUGCUUUUAUUGCCAAUGCGUUUGGGAAAUGAUGAUUUAGAAUUAGGAAGAUUUAAAGUGAUUCUGUUAAUGUUAAAUAAACAGAUUUUAAUAUGAUAAUAUUAACAUCACAUGUUUUCAAUGGGAAGCACUUAUUAUUUUUCUCAUUUGUUUUUUUUUGUUUUUUUUCACUAUAUAUAUUUUAACUUUAAAAAAUGAGUAUAUCGUAAAUUUUAAACUGACAUUAUAAUUCCAUUUUUUUAUUUAUUUGUUUAUAUUUUCAGGCAGUCCCUAUUCCCCAAGACUCAGUAGUUGACAUCAAGGACACGUUCAUGGCCUGUGCUGAGUCUGAGUCCAUUGAGUUGGCUGAGAUUCCAAAACAUUCAGACCUCAAACAAGUGAGUCAAAUCAAUCAGUGCCACCCUACUUGACUCUGUUAAAACUUUUGUUAUCUGAUAAAUCAGUAUAAAUUAACUGAUGUGGCCAAUGAGUUGGCACAGCAACCUAUCAUUUGACUAUGUUACCAACACAACCAGCAUUUACAGGGCCAGUCGUACACAGUCUAAAAACAUACACAACACAUGCCCUGAUCUAAAAGUAUCACUGCUCAUUUUACCAUCUCCAUUCAGAUUGUACCAGAGGGUGCACCCUACUUCUAUGUUGAACUACCGACUGGAGAAAAAUGUUUGCACAGAAUUUCAAAACAAUUUCCUUUACAGUUUGGAAGGUGUGUUUUUUAA